ACUCAGCAUCUCAGUGUGGGGUGAGUGCAGGGAAGGGGGGACCAUGGACCUCAUCAGCAUCCAGCACUUGGUAAGUGGAGCAAGAGAUGAAAGGAAAAUGUUGGCGUGUAGACAUGGCGUUCCUGAUCCUGGAGGCCGGCCCAGUGGCUGGGGGCUUCGACCCCAAGAGGCUGAUGCCCAGGAGAGACAGAGGCUGGAGGAAGAGAAGAGGAAGAAACUGGAGAGGUUCCACAGCUCCAGGCUGAACCUGGAGAGUCUGGCUGACUUGGAAAACUUAGUUCAGAGACGCAGAGAAAAGAGACUGAAACUGAAGCGCAGAGGAGUUCCCCCCAGGGCACAGGAGCACCUGGAGGAGCAGCAGCCCAAGGCCCUGCUGGAGCCUGUGGACCUGGAGAGGUUCCUGAGGGCAGCUGCCGAGAACCAGGAGGCCCCGAUCAACAAGUACCUGGCAGAUGGCGGGGACCCCAAUGCCCAUGACAAGCUCCACCGCACUGCCCUGCACUGGGCCAGUCUGAAAGGAAACCUGCAGCUCGUGAAGAAGCUGCUGGAGGCAGGCGCCAAUGUGGACGCGCGGGACCUGCUGGACAGGACCCCCGUGUUCUGGGCAUGCCGAGGAGGACACUUAGACAUCCUCAAGGAACUGCUGAACCAGGGAGCCCAGAUCAACGCCCAGGACAAGAUCUGGAGCACCCCCCUGCACGUGGCGGUACGCACGGGGCAUUGCGACUGCCUGCAGCACCUCAUCGAAUGUGGGGCCCGCAUCGACGCGCAGGACAAGGAAGGGGACACGGCGCUGCACGAAGCGGUGCGGCACGGCCACUACAAGGCCAUCAAGGUGCUGCUGCUGUACGGGGCCAGGCUGGGCGUGCGGAACGGGGCGUCCAUGACCCCGGUGCAGCUAGCACGAGACUGGCAGCGGGGCAUCCGCGAAGCGCUGCAGGCCCAUGUGGGCCACCCGCGGACCCGCUGCUAGCAAGGACACGCACCGGCAGGCUGCCCUGCUUCCACUGCCAUUCCAGGCUCACCCAGAGGAGCCCCGGCCAGCUGCAGCGCCCCCCCACCCUCCACUUUCAGGGCGCCCUGCAGGACCGAAGAGAAUGCCCAGGCAGGCAGAGAGAGGGUUCCCUGGAGGCUAAAUGCCCAGGGUGACUGUCCCUGCCAGGGCGGCAGCUAGGAGAGGCUGAGGUAGAGCACUGUGGGAGACAGGCCCAGGCGGGGCCAAGCCAGGGUGAGUGCAGUCCAGGCAAGACGUCUGUCCCCGGGAGCUGCGGGCCAGGUCACACCUGUCCGCCCCCUUCCGUCUUGCACAGUGAACGGCUUCCCCAAGCACCCCGUAGCCGGCCAGGCCACAGGCAGGUUUCUCUGGGGCCUUCUUACCAGCAGCAACCCUGGUAAGCGCGGGGGUACUGGAUGUCACUCUCAGGGUCUCUGGAGUCGGGCCUGGAGCUGGGAGGCUGCUCUGCAGGCAUGCGGCCUUCCCGUGGCACAAACCCAGCUCCACCCUUGGUUGCCCAGAGGGCUGGGAAUGACGGGCUAGACCCCACCCCCCCAGUAGCACAGAGGAGCCUUGGCCCGACGCGGGACCACGGAGGUCACCCCAGCUGGCCACUGGGGAGCGCCCAUUGGGGCCGAAGUGUCUGGGUGCUGAGGCUGCCCCUGGCCUGUGGAAGGCAUUAAUGUCCUGCGGCCACCCACUUGCUCUCCCCCAAAUCCAGGCAGGAUGGAGAUCCUCAACCCCAAGGGAGCAGGGACUGGUCAGGCGCCCCACUCCUGCUCCUCUCGAGUGCAUCCCUCCAGCCUGGGUCUCUGCUGGCUGUCCUGGUCUGGCCCCUCCCCUCCUGGCCCCUCCUGGGCCCAGCAGUGCUAUCCUAGGCCUGCACGCUGGGUGAUCGGGUCCUGCGGACCAGAGAGCACUGAGAAGUGGCGGGAAGAAGAGUGGUGGCCCACUAUGCAGCAGCAGCAGCCUGUUUGGGGCCAGAAUAAGACGGUUCUGACUGUGACACUGAUGACAAGGGCUCCAGCCCAGGGGCCAAGCACCUUUCUCCAGGGGACAACCCUGCCCUGCUGCCAGCACACACUCAGGAUGCGGGGGCUGGGAGGCAGGCCCGAGUCCAUGGAGAAGACGACUCCCCCAUCUAGACAAUGGGGACACCUAACGAAAGACAAAAGCACCUUUUUAUACGCAUCAAUACUUUCUGUUCCAUUAAAAUGAUUACCCACUGCA